GAACGGCCUUUUGAAACUACGAAGAAAGAACUUUGAGAACAAACAGAAAAAGCGGCCCACAGUGUGCUCGCCACCGAUUCAACGUUCGUCGAACUUCCGAUUAACGCAUGUCGUAGCUCCCGAAAAUGGCUACCGCCUGUAUACGAAGACUCGUCUCGCAUAUCUCCCGGAAUACCUCCCCCACCCACUCUUUUGGAGCAACCACUGUAACCCGUUCUUCCGCCUCCUUUUCCGUCUCCUCACCGCGGACUUCUUCCGCCAAGGUUUCCGACCGGAUCGUGAAUCUCUUUGCAAUCGAUCCCGAUGGCCAGAAGCGCAACGUGAUCGGACUCUCCGGCCAGACACUUCUCAAGGCUCUGACCAACCAUGGAUUAAUUGACCCGGCUUCCCACCGUCUCGAAGAUAUCGAUGCCUGCUCUGCUGAGUGCGAGGUCCACAUUGCGCAGGAGUGGCUCGAGAAGCUUCCGCCGCCUACUUACGAUGAACGGUACGUUCUCAAGAGGAACUCUAGGAAUAAGGUUUUGAACAAGCACUCCAGACUCGGAUGCCAGGUCGUCCUCACUCAGGAGCAUCAGGGUAUGGUCGUCGCUGUCCCUGAGCAAAAGCCUUGGGAUACUCCUUAAAGGAGUGAAGCUCUGCAAGGUUUGUCGUCUUGAAAUUGUAUUGUUUAGCUCUUAAUUUGAAUAAUAUGUAAACAUUGCAAGGCACCUGAAAAUAUUAUCCUUUCAUUGUGACUUUCUGGAAAUUUCCUGGAACUCAUUUAUUUCUGUUUGCUAAGCCUUUUUUUUUGCUAUACUAGUUCACAGUGCGAAAUUAUUCACUUUCCUAUGCUCCUGAUAUCAUACUGUAAGUCUGUAAUGGUAUCAAUUGGUGCUUAAAUCUUAAUUAGCUUCACUGUGUGAACAGAUGAACCUUAUUCGAAAAACUGGAAAAAAGAACCAGCCUUUACUAGUAGUUUUAAUACUAACUAGAUAUUAACUAAGAUCUGAGACUCUGAGGAUCCUCAAUUGAUUGUGGGAUCAAUGUGGGCUUUAAGUCUGAGAGUGUGGAAAUCUUGGCCAUCCAAUCAAAAUUAGAAGCCGUGCAGAUCGGGGGAGACAAGCACAGAGAAAUUCAAUCCAAAUUAAUGUCAUAUGGUGUAAGAUCCCAAUAAGUUUGUGGUUCUUUACUUUCUCAAAGUUGAGCCUUAGAGAUAUGAGUUUGAAAUUAUCCUAAAUAAAUGGUUUACAGAUAUCUGGUCCUUGUUUGGAUGCUUCCUUUUGUUUUACACCUCAGCAGCUCAGCUUUUGCUUGUUUCUUCUUUGGCAUUGUGGUGUUUUUUGUUCUUCACUGUAAUAUGCAGCAUAGUAAAUCUAUGCUUUGGUCAUUCCUAUUCAGUUUGUCUUUAAGUAGCAUUCAACUAUCGUAAUUUCGUAUGUAUAUGAGUUGUUUAUAUUUAUUUACAACUUGUUUCAUCUCAAGGCAAACGUGGUUUGUAGCUGUGAGUAUGUAUUCAUCAACUACUUUUUUUUAAUUGGAG